AUGGCCAGAUCCAAUUAAAGUCUUUUGCUGAAGAAAUGCAAGCUGUGAGUAAAGGUCUUGAAAAGGUUGAGCAAGAACUCACUGCUUCAGAGAAUGAUGGUGCCAUCUCUGCAGGCUUCCAAAAGGCCUUGAAGAAUUUCCUUGAUACUGCUGAAGCUGAAGUAAGGUCACUUAUCUCCUUGUACUCUGAAGUGGGAAGAAGUGCAGAUUCAUUGUCUCAGUAUUUUGGGGAGGAUCCAGCUAGGUGCCCUUUUGAACAAGGUUUGGUUUUAUUUAUGUACUUAAUUUUCUGUUGCUGUCAAGUAGGGAAGUUCACUACAUUUCUUUUGAUCUGCCACAAGGAUUAUGUUAGAGAUGUAUCUGUAUGUAGGUUUAGAUUAGAUGAUGGAAGUGAAAAUGCUAACAUAGUUCAUUGCAUAAGUCUAGCUAACUUGGUAAGAGCCAAAUUUCAUUGA